AUGAAAUUUUCAUCGAAUUUAUCAUGUUUUAGAUCGGAGGAGUUUAUUAGAAAGAAUGUUUCGGAUCAGGAUGUGUUGAAUAUGAAGAAAAUUAGAAGAAAAUUGCCAAUUUUUAAAGUGACGUUUAUUGGAUCAAAAUCUUGUGGGAAAUCAAGUAUAAUUCAAAAGAAUUUGUUGACUAUUCCAUUAAUUCAUAACACGUGGGAUUCCAAUUCUGAAUAUCAAUUUCAAUACUCAUCAAAAUUGAAUAAUCUUAAAAUUGCAACUGUUAAAUUAUGUGAAUAUAGCAGAUUUCCCGGUGAAGAUAACAAUUCAGAAGUAGAUAAUGCAUUAUUGGAUGUGGAUCUGUAUUGUUUGUGUUUUAGCACAUUUCAUAAUUUUGAUGAUCAACAACAAAUCAAUAUUCCAACCAUUGAUCAGUGUCCUGAUUUUAUUACAAUUGAAAAGGAGAUUUUACCUUUAAUUUCUCACUUCUCUCCUCAAACUCCAUAUGUAGUAAUGGGAUGUAUGACUGAUUUGAGGAAUUAUAGAAAUAGAAAUACACUAACUGUCUCGCCAAAGGACGGCAUUGAUUUUGCAAAGAAAAUUGGAGCAAUUUCUUAUAUGGAAUCAUCAACAGUGAGAGGAUAUGAUUUUGAUAAAAUUUUAGAACUACUUAUCAAAUCAAUAGCAUUUAGAAAUCCAGAUUCAGAUAUUGAUUUGGAAUCAUCAUCCAUUGGAAAAUGUUUCAUUCAAUGA